AUGAGGGGACAGAAAGACUAUGCCCGCCGCCUAGGGCAAGUGAUGCUGUCAGGGAAGCCACCUGUGGACCCAUUCCCUCGGAUAGAGACAUGUGAGUCAGAUGGUGGACGAGUAGCCACUCCGCAUGAUGAUCCUCUGGUGGUCGAAGUCAAAAUCUCCAAUAUGAGAGUGAAGCGUAUCCUAAUAGACACUGGGAGCUCGUCCAACAUAAUGAGCAUGGAGUGCCUCAGCCGCCUAGCUCACCACCCCAAGACCAUGGAGAGCAUACACUAUCCCAUCAUAGGUUUUGGAGGAGGCAUUAUACAUCCUGUAGGCGUCAUCAACUUGCCGGUUCGGAUCGGGGAUCGAAAGAAUAGACGGAAGAUGGGAGUGAACUUCUUAAUCGUCAAGGACUUGACAACUUACAAUGUCAUCUUGGGGUGA